UCAUUGUUGGCUCUCGUCAUUUAGGCAUCAUGGCUCAGUCCACCCUCCCUCCAUCCCUCAGUGCCUGCCUGCCUGCCUGCCUGCAUCUGUGUGUCUUCGUCUGAUCAAGUCCUGUGCUCAUAUGAGUUCGUCUUUGUGUGCGCCCUGCCAGCACUGUACACUGAGUGUCCAGCCGUAAAACACUCAACGACAAAGCACGUAGGCCAGUGCAUUCCGUGUCCGUGUGUAUGGUGGGUGGGUGGGUGUUGGACAAGGACAGCUGGACAUAUACACCAUGCCAUACACCAAGAGAAAAAUACCGUGAGUGAGCGAUUGCAAUGGAAUAUGUCAAUGGACAGCAGCACUGAAAAAGACCCACUGGCUUAAUUCGUACUACAAAACAGCCAUCUCCCACCCAUGCGCACGUAAACAACCCACAUGCACACUCACCAGACUCUACAGAGACGCCAGCCAAAAUUCGAAAGCCAGUCGUCGUGGUGAUCAGAAUGGUGCGAUGUCAGGCGGUGGCAUGGUGGCCCUCACUCGCUCAGUCGCACUGACGCAUGCCACCCUGACCUUACACCUCUUCCUCACGCCCUGUUGGUGCUCUUGCUGAAGCUGAGGCUGGUCUUGCCGGUGGGUGAGGAAAAAACUCACCGGCACAGCCACCGAUUCGUCCAUCGGCUGCGGCUGCGGGCCGCACUCGAGGCGCAGCAGCGUCAUUGGGCCGGGGCGAUGGGCGACGGCAAGCGAAACAGUGAUGCCUGUCUUGUCGCCUCUGGGAGAAAAGUCCCUGAGGUGUAUGCCACAGACAGACAGACAGACAGACACACAGACAGACAGAUGCGUAAGGAGAUGCGCGAGAGAAGAAACGCUUACCUCGGCACACGCACUCGGUUGACCUCCAGGCGGCCCUUGUCAACUGAAUGAAUGGGAAGACACAAGCAGCCAGCUGUCGGCGGGCUAUGCAUGACGUACAGCUGAUGAAUUGUGUGAUGGGGGCGGUGGUGUUGCUGUCUGCCGUGGCGCUCAUGGCGCUGCUGAUACACGACACACCGUCCAUCAUCGGUCUGCGCCGAUUCUUGCCUUCAAACACACAGACAGACACACGGACAGAUGGCGAGUGAGUGUUCUCUCCCUCAGUACGAUCUGUGGCUGCACGUACGCCUACGUACCGUUUGUGUGUCUUGGCCUCCCCCGCGUGUCCUCUCUGCGCCCGCCAUUCAACAGGUUGGUGAUGGCCUGACGGCCCUCUUGUUCUGACCAGACAUCGGGGGCCAACUCUGCUGCUGCAGCUGCCGACAGGUGGACGGCGAGGAAAGAACAUGCAACCACAGCAGCGGCAAUUGAGGGCAUCGCCGUGACCACGCAGAUCGAGGUGCCUCCAGCUCCCAACCGCCAUCCCAACCGCACAAGGCAACCGCAGCUGCGUCCGCUAGUCAAGACAAUGCAAUGAAUCUUCCUCUACAGAGAGUCGAUGAUUUCGGCCACUGGAGGUCUCGUUGAUGCAUUGGUCGGUGCAUCCUUUGCGGGGUGCGCAAACGGUCAAUGCUG